AAGGUGUAAAUAAGUACAAAAGACAUAGGAGAAACAAUACAACGCAUAUGCCCAAAAUAGAGCAACAGACAAACGGAAUCUUUUGAUCAUCAUCCAAUUCCUAUCUUCUUCUGCUACUCAUACCACCUGGACUGUGUAGUACUUAACAAUGGCAGGUUUUUAGAGAGGGAGGGCGAGUGCGACAGGGAGAAAUAUUUUCUCCGCCUUUGUUAAUUAGGUCCAAUAUCUAGCUAUGAACAACAUAAACUAAGGGAAGAAGAAAGUAGAACUAGAAAGAGAUAGAGAAAGAUGGCGUAUUCGUUGAAUAUGUCAGUCGUAUCAGUUCCUAAGCCAACUACAACUCAAACUUAUUCUUCAAAUUCUACUACUAAAUCAAUCACUAAUUUCAGUUCAACAUUAUCGUCUUCUUCAAAUAUUUCUAGGGUUUCUCUUUCUUCUGACUUAAAUCGCCGUUCUUCUGUCUCUGUGUUGCGGAAUAAAUCUUCAUCAUCGGCCGUUUCGAUUAUGGCAGCUGCAAAAUCGAAGCCAGAGCCUCUUAGGAUUAUGAUAUCUGGCGCUCCUGCAUCAGGAAAAGGAACUCAAUGUGAGCUUAUCACCAAGAAAUAUGGAUUGGUGCAUAUUGCUGCUGGAGAUUUAUUAAGGGCUGAAGUUGCAGCCGGAAGUGAAAAUGGAAAGCGAGCCAAAGAAUGUAUGGAGAAAGGACAGCUGGUCCCUGAUGAGAUAGUUGUUAUGAUGGUUAAGGAACGACUAUUUCGACCAGAUUCACAAGAAAAUGGCUGGCUUUUGGACGGAUAUCCCAGGAGUUUGUCUCAAGCAAUGGCACUUGAGGACUUCGGAAUUCGGCCAGACCUUUUCAUUCUUCUAGACGUUCCUGAGGAGAUUUUGGUCGAAAGAGUGGUUGGUCGAAGACUUGAUCCAGUUACAGGAAAGAUAUACCACUUAAAGUACGCUCCUCCUGAAACUGAUGAAAUUGCUGCUAGGCUUACUCAACGCUUUGAUGAUACAGAAGAAAAAGUAAAAUUGCGCUUGGGCACUCAUCAUCAGAACGUGGAAGCUGUACUUGCGGCAUAUGAAGAUAUAACAAUCAAGGUCAAGGGAGAUGGUCCCAAAGAGGAGGUUUUUGCCAAGAUAGACAGCGCACUGUCAGAACUUGAGCAAAAGAGAAUUAGUCCUGUGUCAACAAAUGUAUGAUUUCUUAACAGUGUUGUCUUUUACUCAGCUAUGUCAAGGAUGAAGCUUCCUGCUUACCUUCAUGGGGUAUUACUAUCUGAUUAAGUCCUUGCUCCAGCUGAAGCCAAAAGAUUGUACAAUACUUUCUUUUUAGGUAGUCAUGAUGUUAACAAGGCUAUUCAAUAUUCUUUCUGUUGAGAAUGCAAAUAUUUACACAAAAUCAAUUGUUUAAUGUUAUAUUGUAUUGCAAGCAUAUUAUUGUUUUAGUAAAAGUAUUUUGUUUGAGUAGGGCCAAAGGCAAAUUCAAUGUAAUGAAUAUAUCAGCAAACAAAAAAGUAAUCAAAUAGAACAGUUUGUGUGUUUGUACUU